AGAUUGUGAUAGGCUGUGAUGGCAUUCGAUCACCAGUUGCAAAAUGGAUGGGAUUUUCAGAGCCCAAAUAUGUUGGACAUUGCGCCUUUCGUGGCAUUGCACUUUAUCCUGAAGGCCAGCCAUUUAAAGCAAGAGUGAACUACAUCUAUGGUAGGGGUCUUCGUGCAGGUUUUGUUCCCAUCUCCCAAGCAAAAGUUUACUGGUUUAUCUGCUUCAACAACCCAUCUCCAGGGCCUAGAACUGAUGACCCAAGCAUUCUUAAAAAGCAAGCUCUUGAGCUUAUGAGAAACUGGCCUUCUGAUCUCCUAGAUGUCCUGCACAAUACACCAGAUGAUGUUGUGAUCAAGACUCCAUUAGUCGAUCGAUGGCUUUGGCCUGGUUUUAGCCCGGCCGCAUCGACCGAUAACGUGGUGGUCGUCGGCGAUGCUUGGCAUCCAAUGACACCCAAUCUUGGUCAAGGUGCUUGCUGCGCUUUAGAAGACUCAGUUGUUCUUGCAGGAAAGCUUUCUGCUGCAUUGAAAGAUGGCGGCGAGUCGGUCGAAGCUGCUCUCAGAGCUUACGGCGAGGAGCGGUGGGCGCGAAUCUUUAUGGUUACAGCCCGGGCUAACCUCGUCGGCUCAUUGUUACAGUGGGAUAAUCCAGUUGUGUGUGAAUUUAGGAACAAUAUCAUGAUACCUUGGUUUGUGAGGCUGGCUCCAUUCUUAGAACAUACAAACUUUGAGUGUGAUUUGCUGGAGCCUGUGGCUUCAACUUAACUGUCUGCUUUUGAUGCAAAUGCAAACUAGGAAAUGUGUUAUAGAUGUUCAAAUAUGCUGUACAUUGUUCCAAAAGGUUGAGAUUGUAAACAUUUUACUUCAGAUUGUGUUCAUUGAUGUCUUA